AUGCCCUCCGUCGUCGUGCUCAUCCCUGGUACGGCCGGCGACACACCUACGCCGAGUUCCGUCUCGUACUCACCUUACAAGCAACACAAAUUGCUGAGUCUGCCACCACCAUCAUCGGCUUCAGCACCGGCGUCAUCGAGAUCGUCCAAGCCCGGAAUAUCCGCGGCUUCGACCUCUUCCGUCAUCGUGCCCUUAACGCCUCCACCAACAUCAUCCAGGCAACCCCUUCUUCCAUCUUCAUCAUCGUCUUCGCUUUCGUCCUCCUCGUUACUGCGCAGCCACUCAAGCUCGUCGUCAUCAGCCUCGUCCACUACCUCACAACCCGCGAGCGGCAGCCACAGCAGAGGCAAACGCCAUGAACGCCCCAUUGGCAUCUCCAACCCUUUCGGUGACGAGCACAUCUACAACUCCACCAAACGGUGCUCGCCCUCAGGCCCAGGCGUCUACACAUGUCGAUGGCGUCUUCGCGACAAGAAGGGCGUAUUGGAUCCAAACGGCCACCAGUACUGCGACUCUCAGCUCAUGACGCCCGACCUCUUAGCCCAGCAUGUACUCACCCACCACAUUCCUCAACACUCCGCCUCGCAGUAUGCGCACCUCAAGAUCGCUUGCAAAUGGAACAGCUGUUUCAACCGCCACUAUGAUCCUGCGGGCCUUGCAUCACAUCUGGUACAUGACCACUUCACCAACCAGAUGGGCCUCAAGUACGCUUGCAUCUCGUCAAACUGUUCCGUCCAGACCGUUCUCACAUCGUUCGAGGCUUUAAAGCGCCACCAUACCCAGUACCACGCCGGCUCGCCUACCUCGCAACAUCGCAAAGUCUGGCAGCCACGACGGCCGCAAGAGCAUCCUGAGCGAGCCUCAAAGCUGCUCGCUGCCAUUCGAAAGCUUGACACCCCAGAGCACCGACCACGCAUUCCAGUCUCGACCUGCGCCAAUCCACAAUUCACUCCUGUCGACCCAAAGAUACGUGCACUGCGGCAGAUCGAGUUGAAGCGCCGGUACAUGGAUCCAUUGACUGUCGAAUUGGGCGACGGGCAGGAAGGGCAGCCUUGGAAUCGGCUGUACAAGCGCAUCGACAAGCGCAUACAGGCAGAGAAGAGCAAGCAGGCCGCUCACGAUACCAUCUUGCGUGCGACCGAGUAUGAGGAACAUAAUCUCGACAUCAAGACACCAGUGUUUGUCGAGGUCACCGGCGAUCCGAUCCUACGAGCUAUCGGGGAGGGCUUGCAAGACGCGCAGCUUUAUCACGACGGCUGCUCGUCCCCGUGCCAGUCAACAGUGUCUCGCAAAACACCAGGGUUGGCAUUGCCUCCGCCACGAAAAGCUCACGUCCUACUACCCGAGCACGAUCCGCAGCAUGCGCAAGACCACAUCGGCGCGGCAUCCCUCCACUCGGUAGAGCGAGAGAUGAGGUUUGACGCAGCGCUAUCCAAGCAGCUUCAUUGGUCCGACAGGGUGCUAGGUGGGAGUGCCUUCGUUCCAUCUCACAAUGCCCCGUUGAGGCCGACCGCAUCAGAGAAUGCGCCUUCGAACGUCGAGAGAGAUGACGACGAAGGAGCGUCCGAUGACUGGGUGCCUCCAUUGCGGCUCGAUUCCUAUCAUCCAGUCUCACGGAGUCGAUUUGCGAUCGUCGAGGAUAGUGCAUCUGACGACAAGCCGCGAGCCAUACGACGUCCAACAGAAGCAGGACCACACGCACCAUCGAGUGGACAAACAACAGCCACGUCGAGCCGUUUAACCUCGCCCAGCAUAACAUCGUCCAGCUCCAGCCUCACACCCAUGUCCGUCUCGAAUGCAGCUCAGGAGAGAGUCAAGAGGGAGCGCGAGCAUGACGAGGACGACGACCUGAAGCAUCACGCGCACGAACCGCCAUCGUCCAGGAUCAAGCUGGAAGGGAAAGAGGUCCCUUACAUCGACGUCACGGGUUUACUCGAGCUAGAAUCGAGUGCUCGCGCCACGUCAUUCCCAGAUCUUCGUGGGGUGAGCGGGGUCAGGCUGCAGCGGGCUGGCAGGAAAGCGGACGUUCAUGGUCGACCGGCAUCGGAGUCAUGA